GCUUGGCAACGAAGACGCGAGGUGGGAUUUAUCAACAAGCAAACGACUACGUUAUCACGAACUCAGCAAACAAAAUGGAAGGACUCCCAUUUCUUCCAGGAAAUAGCUUUAGGGACCCAACAAAAGGAAAAUAUCACCGCGCUCAUACGCUGAGUUACAGAAAUGGUAUUGCUACUCAAAAACGACCAGAAAUUGGAAUUGGAGGUGAUGCCCUAAAUUACAACAAUCUCUCUGCUGCAGAAAUUGAUGAGCUUGCAAACUUUGACCCGACCUUGACCUACGGCCAGGCAAAGCAAGCUCCACCAGAAGAUUUUUUACCUGGACAUGUAGCUUGGGAUAAAAAGGUCCUGCGAUACUAUGCCUACUUCAAACAGACUGUGCACGAGUCCCCGAAUGAGUAUUACCGAGUGCGCCCGGUCGAUAUAUACUACUACUUGGAGGAUGACAGCAUUGCCGUGAAUGAGCCUCAUGUUGAAAACAGUGGAAUACCACAAGGAAAGCUGAUAAAACGUCAGCGGCUACCGAAGAAUGACCAGGGUGAUAACUGGCACUGGAAGGACAUCAAUGUGGGCAUGAACAUCGUCUUCUACGGCAAAUCGUUCCACAUCAUCGGCUUGGACAAAUUUACAAGGGACUUCAUGGAAAGUGAAGGUCUUGAAGUGAACGCACCCGAGUCACUGCCCAAGGACCCGUACAUUGAGAAGAGAAUCCAGGCGACAGCACUGAAGACCUACCAAUCGCCAAGCUCCUUCGACAAGACAAGACAGUUCCUUGAACUAGACCGCAAGGUUCUUCGCUUCUACUGCAUCUGGGAUGACAGAGACAGCAUGUUUGGGGAAAUGAGAGCCUUCAUUGUUCAUUUUUACCUGGUUGAUGAUACCCUGGAGGUUCGGGAAGUUCACACAGCAAACGACGGGCGGGACCCAUUCCCGGUUCUCAUUGGUCGUAGCAAGGUGCCCAAGGACCGCCACGACGUGCCCACCUCAUACCCCGCCGUUGUCAUGGAGCUGUCAAACAACGAGGUUAAGGAGUACUUCACCCCUAAAGACUUUGUCAUCGGCUGCACUGUGUCACUCUAUGGGCGGCGAUUCCUCAUUUACGACUGUGACAACUUCACCAAGUCUUUCUAUUACCAUAACUUUGGAGUCACCGAGUUCAACACGGUUGAUGUUAAGGACUAUGUGAAGGAUCUACCAAAAAUGGAAAUUCCACCGUUUAACAACAUGGGAUCAUUGGAAGAUUCCCUUCAGUCUUGCUUGUCCCUCGUCCCACAGCCGCCCAAGAAAGACUUCAUCAAGAUGUUGGAGAAUGACCACAAAGUGCUCAGAUUUGAGGCAGUUAUGGAAUCAAUGAAGCCGGAAGAUGCAGGUCGAAGAUUCAUAAUUUCCUACAGACUGGCCGAUGACAUGAUGACAAUCUACGAACCGCCGGUCAGGAACUCUGGUAUUAUUGGUGGGAAGUUCCUCGAAAGAACGCGCGUGGCCAAACCGCGCUGUGAUCCGGAUAACCUCGAAUACUACGGUCCGCAGGAUAUGUACAUCGGCGCUCUCAUCGAGGUCUUCAGCCACCGCUUCCGAAUCGUCAGCGCUGACGAAUACGUGCUGAAGUACAUGGAGGAUCACAGCAGCAAGUUCCCAGAACGGACAAUCCAGUCACUACGAGACACAGUUGGAGCGACGAUGAAGGCAAAAGAAACAAUCAAGGGAGGUCCUAUGAAAGUUAAAAGAGAACCAGGUGACCUUGAGAACUUGGUGAAGCAGGUUCGAGCUCAGUUGAAGAAGAUCGCGAUCACCGACAAGACGCGGGUCGACGAGAUGUUCCUGCGCUACAACUCAGACCGCACCGGCUACAUCGACGCCAACAACAUGCGAGACCUCUGUCACCGGCUUCAGCUGCCCAUCGACGACGACGUCCUCAACUGCCUCGUUGCGGAAUGCACAGCGGAUCCUGAAGGAAAAAUAAGUCUAGAGGAUUUCCGAAGAUUUGUUGAAAGUUCAUAAGAAAAACUCGUAUCAAUAAAUACACUGUGUAAUAUAAAAACUUUUGUAAAUACAAGUAUUCAAAUGUCCUCAUGAAGGAAUCAUUUCAUAAUCAAAGGAAAAAUGUGAUAUUAAAACAAAAUGAAAAAAGAAAAAACUUGUUGCAUUCAUCAAGAAUAAAAGCACCUGUCAAAGUCAUGAGUACUUGCAUUCAGUAUUGCAUGUAGAGUGUUAUCUUGCAGUACGUGUAAAACAUGAAUUGUUUGCUACAUGAAAAUGUGUAAACAUAAUUCUUGAAUUUUUGAUAUUGUUGUUAGUAUUGGAGGAUAUAUAUAUAUUGUUUUUACAUUUACUGUUUUACCACGCAUAUGUACAAACAGUUUUAAAGAUAUUCAUUUGAACAUACCUGGUGUUUAUCACCUGAAUUAACACAAUUAUAUACACAGUCAACAUAAAGCAUAAAUGCAGCACAUAGGUCAGUGUCAGUGCAGCACAGUUUGCAACGUACUGGAAGCUAUGAUGUAAAAAAGUAAAACAAUUGUACUCUCUGUAUGCUAUUGUCCCUCAUUCAGUAUUGACAGAAGAAAAGGAAGCACCAGUUAACACGAAUGCAGCAUUGAGGGCAGAGUUUGGGUCCCCACCCUAGUUGCCCCAUCCCUUGUAGCAAUGGACUACCCUGUUGAUUCUUAGUGUCCCUAAUUGUUUUUAUUAAAUUCAUUAAAAAAAAUUCUUUCAAUUUUGCAUUAUAAUUUGUAGUUUUUUCUAUGUAGUAUAAUUGUUCCAGUCGGUCCAUUUCCAGCUGCCCCCUCCUCUCCCCUGCACCUUUUUAAUUUUCUGUCUCCCUUUUUCAUAUUUGUAUUCUUUUCAUGUUGCACUUUCCCUAUAUCUGUCCCUGAAUAUUCCAGGCCUGGUGCUUAUACAACUUGUGGAGUCUAGACUGAGUCUGAGACAGUAACGUCAUGACAACGCCAUACAAAUUGUAUGUGUGUGACGUCAUUAGAUAUUGAGUCUGAGACAGUAACGUCAUGACAACGCCAUACAAAUUGUGUGUGUGUGACGUCAUUAGAGAUUGAGUCUGGACUCUAAACGUUUUAUAAGCACGGACCCUGUAAUACUAAUAAAGUUCCAUAUGUUUCAAGUAUGUUUGUUAGAGCAUAAAUGCAGUAUCAAAACUACCAGUACAAACGGUAUUUGUAUUGUGUUCAGAUAGCCUUAUCUUGUGAAUAAACACAUUGCAAUAAUUUUUUUUUUUAAAACAUGGCUAGAACAAAUAGCAACACUUUCUUGUGAAUAAACGUUUUUUUGUACAAAACUGUGUCAAAGCUUUUACCAUUAAUUUAUUACUUUUUAGUAAAACGUUUUUACAGAUCAAUUACUAUAUUGUGUUUUAUUUUGUAUUGUUUAUUUAAUGUCAUGAUAUAUCUCGUUAAUACAAAUAUCACCAUU